AUGCGGAAAGCUCCAAUUACCAGCCCGUGUGCUAUGACUACACCGAAGUCCUCGGUUAAAGCUACCGACUUUUCAAUUGCCGCGAUCAUGGCUCGACAAGGUCCGAAGUUCUGUGCACCACUGGCGGCAGAGAAAGAUGCCGUAAUCUCAGUUUUCUUACAUUUACUAAUCCAGUGUUUAUUAUCACGUAUUUCAGAAAUUCCAACCCCUCUUGAGCACCAUCAAUCGGAGGAUGUUAACACAGAACUACAGUAUGCACCAUCUUCACCUGAAGAAAUCCUCACUGAAUCUUCACGUCCAUCCCUGCCCCUUAAGUUAGACGAAAACGACAACGACAUGAGGAUUUCGUCGUCGAUUAAAGAAGACGAUGGAGUAUUUAUGUCAUCUGACGAGAGCAUUGGAAGUCGUUUUAUGUCUGAAGGUUCCCAGAAUAAGCGCCAGAAGAAAGCCGAUCCCAAUACGUGCUCUAGUGUACUGUGCAACUGCGAAGAACUCAACAACACCGAAUGCUACCUGGAAAACAAGGAAUUAUGGGACAAGUUUUUCGAACAGGGAACAGAGAUGAUUAUUACAAAAUUAGGAAGGCGCAUGUUUCCCACAAUCAGGGUGUGUUUUAGUGGUCUCAACCCAGCCACGAAGUAUGCUGUACUACUAGACGUUGUCCCGGUGGACAACAAGCGUUACCGCUACGUUUAUCAUCAGUCAUCUUGGCAGGUUGCUGGUAAAGCUAACCCUCCUUCCCUGGCCCGCCUUUAUCCCCACCGAGAUUCGCCUUUUACUGGAGACCAACUAAAGAAGCAGGUGGUUUCUUUCGAAAAUGUCAAACUGACCAAUAAUGACAUGAAUAAACACGAUCAAAUAGUUCUGAAUUCUAUGCAUAAGUAUCAACCAAGAAUUCAUCUUGUUCGAAAAAAGAACUUCCCAAACACUCCAAUCAGCGAUCUCGAAACGGAAGACUUCAGGACGUUUGUUUUUCCUGAAACGUUGUUCACAGCCGUCACAGCCUAUCAAAAUCAACUUAUAACAAAACUGAAAAUUGACAGCAACCCCUUUGCUAAAGGAUUUAGGGAAUCGUCUCGUAUAACGGGAAUAGAAAGGGAGAUCAUAGAGUCAGAAAGCUCCCGUACCCAGUUUCCCUCAUUUCUGGAUGUGGAUGCUGCAGAUGUACUGUUCCAUAGCAAGACUACCACGUUAAGUUUAACACCAGGACCGCCAGUUAUGUGGAAACCGUCAAAUGAUCCGACUGCACUUACAUCCAAAGACUUAUACAAUACUACGGCUUCUAAGCCAAACUAUAUUCCAAACACAUAUUCCUUCUAUAAUUUAAGUGUUGAUCCUCUUCUUAUUAGUCUUCCAUACCAAGUACGAACUCAUCGUGUACUCAAUACCUCCAGAAGAUUUGGACAUUUCAGUGAAAUGACGUCACUUGCUAGGUUGGGUGUCAUUUCCACUUCAGCUAAUUCAACUACCUUACUUCGUCCAGUACCUGAUUCCCACUCGGAUUCAGUUCUCAGUUCUGGUGUUUACAGAUAUGCCCCCUAUUAUGUUACAAAAAACAAAAGGUUCUGUGAUGCCCUAUAG